CUGCCCGUAGACUAAAAAAAAAAACAGUUUUCAAUUUUCAUCAGUGCACUUUUUUUGCAAAACCUUCAGGUUUUCAGUCUGCGAUCAUUAGAAUUUGAUGAAGAUCAUUACAAAGAUGAAUGCAGUAAUAAAAACGAGGCCCGUUAUUAAAUAUGUUCCCUGCACUUUUGGAACAACCAAUAGUGCAAUUCGUUGCAUAACAAAUAAAAGUGAAGAUGUUACCACUCAUACAGGCCAAAAAUGGGAUGCUGAUGAUUAUAGACUUGCAAGAUUUUCUCUAGCUGCAAAACAAGUUAACCCCAACUGGGCUAUUAAAUUAAUUGAACAGGUACCACCAAAAGAAGUAACCAACCGAGUAGUAUGGUGUGAUGGAGGUAGUGGUCCAGAGGGCCAUCCUCGAGUAUAUAUAAACUUGGAUAAACCUGGAAAUCACUCUUGUGGAUAUUGUGGACUAAGAUUUGUCAAAAAAGACCACUAGUUUGCAAAAUAUUAGAACCUGCGCAUAGUCAUAUAAAAUAGAACUUUUAAAAUGGUACCAAUAAAACAAAAAUGUGAAUAA